AUGUCAGAUAAGCUCGACGUUGAAGAAGCCGUUUACGCCAGUUCCUCUAGAGAUAGCGUCUCUAAGCGCUUCUCAACGAUAGGAGAACGGCCUCCCAGUGUCUCUCGAUUGUCUGAUACAGAUCACUCAAUCAUAUGCCGAUCCAUCGGAGCUUUGUCCAACGACGAGAACCACAAAAUCUGCCAACCUUCCUCAUACAUAUAUCCUCCUAGAGGUCUCCCCAAUGGUCUCUACAAAGACGUCAUCCGCUCUAGGACACUUGCUCAGUAUGAGUACUAUAUCACAUCACUUCUCUUCACUGCAGCCCUGAUCCUGCAACUCCUCCUCGGUGCAGCCCUUACAGCUCUCGGCUCUACCGAUGCCGGUACAAACGUCCGCAUCACACUCCUCGCCGCUGCCAACACCGUACUCGCCGGCUUACUAGCACUGAUGCACAACUCAGGCUUGCCAGAACGAUACAAGAACGACUGGACGGAAUUCGAUGAAGUGGAAAUGUUCUUGAGGGAGCUGGUUGAGACGGGAAUUGUGCAGACUGGAUGGAGUAGGGAUCAGACGAUAGAACAGUGUUAUGCGCUGUAUAAGAGGGCGAAGGGAACGGUCACGAGGAACAAACCCACAGCUUAUACGGCUAGUUCGGCAGCAGGGAGUUCGGUUGUUAAGAGUGAGAAGGCGAUUCAUAGGUCUUAA